AUGGCACCAUUGCUAUACUCGGGUAUAGUCUGCCAUCACCUCUGGAGCGCAGAUAAUGGUCAAACUUGUAUGGCCGAACCGCUGAGGAACGUCGAGCCUUUCGGAGACUUCACUUUCACCCUUUCCUCUGUAUUCCAGGGAUCUUCUGAAGCGUCUCUUCUUACCUUAUCCUUGUUAUUACAGGGUCUGGAGGGCGUGCAGCAGCUGAGCGUCCGUCGUUGUAAACUGGACAGUCUGGCGCCGGGUUCGCUGGGCGCCCUUAGUCGUCUUCGCCAGCUGGAGGUCACCACCCACAACGGAGAGUGGGCGGCGCUGGCCAUGGAGGUAGUAGAGGGAUCAUUACCGCCGCCCCUGGAACGAGUGUCCCUGGCUCAUAAUAACAUCUGGACGCUGCCGCCCAGGGCGUUCUGCGGGCCCUCCGCCCUUCACCUCCUCGACCUCUCCCACAACCGCCUUCAGGAUGUGCUUGAGCUUGGGUUCGCCGACCAGCAGUGGCUCGACACUCUCGCUCUCAACAUGUCCAAUACCAGUUUUAGUGAUCAUUUUUCAGGGUUCAUUAACGUCAACGAGGAAAGAGCGGCAGAAGAUGGGUGUGGGAACGCCCUUCAGGAGCUCGUCCUUGAUCACAAUGAUCUUGUGAGGCUUCCACCCGGCAGCUUCCGCGCCCUGGGAGGCCUCAGAGAGCUUUACCUUCGUAAUAAUGAUAUCAGACUUAUAGCCAGUGAAGCCUUCCGUGGAAUGGCAGCCUUACAAGUGCUCUAUUUAUCUAAUAAUCAUAUUAUAGCGCUACAUAAUGGCACUUUCUUCGACAACGUAGCUUUAGAGAAGGUUUACUUCAACAACAACUCACUCAGUGCAAUGAAUCCGGGUGUGUUUCAGGGUCUGCACGAACUGCAGGUGUUAGACAUUUCCCAAAAUAAACUAUAUUUAGACAACAGUCAUGAAGACUUGUUCAAGGGUCUGCAUCGGCUGGUCAUACUUGAUCUAUCGUACAAUGCUCUGACCACUAUUCCCCAGCUCCUCCUCCGUGACCUGACUUCUCUUCAGCGUCUCGAUCUCUCCCAUAACGAUAUCCAAAGCCUCGAAGACAACAGCUUUACCUCCCUCUCCAACCUUUACGCUCUCGACCUCUCUCAUAAUCUGAUCCUUAGUCUGAGUGAGGGCAGCCUUAGAGGUCUGGUGGGGCUGAGUCUCCUUCACCUGAGCAACAAUUCUCUUAUAGAAAUCCACCCCCGAGCUCUCCGCCACAGCUCCAACCUCAAGGAGGUGUUCCUUGGAAAUAACCACUUGCAGACCAUUCCCACUGCUUUAGAGAACCUUUCCUUCUUAAAGGCUUUGGACAUGAGUAGGAACGACAUCGUUAAAAUUCAGCCAUUUCUUUUUGGUGGCUUGGGAAACCUGGAGAUUCUGAAUGUAAGCCACAAUAAGAUGAAUGACAUCUCUCGGGGAUCAUUUGCUGGGCUCUCAUCUCUGGAGUUAUUAGACUUGAGGGAUAAUCAGUUGAGGAUGGUUAGUGAAGGCUCCUUCGAGGGUGUUCCCGGCGUGAGGCAAGUAGCGCUCGCAAGGAACGAGCUUAGUGACAUCAACGGUGUCUUUGCUGGCUUGGAACACCUGGAGAAACUCGACGUGUCUGAGAACAGCAUCCGCAUGUUCGACUAUGCCUUCAUCCCCAGACAACUCCUUAGUCUUGAUUUAAGAAAGAAUAAAAUUGAACAGCUCGGCAAUUUCUUCAAGGUCCAGAGCGUCUUGACGCUAGAGGUUCUUGAUGCCAGUUACAACAGCAUCAGACGUCUUACUGAAGUCUCUCUUCCCAAUACUGUCAGGAAGGUAAUUUUGCAUCAUAAUAACAUUAGUCGUAUUCUCCCUAAUACGUUCCGGGACAAAACUUAUCUGCAGGAGAUAGAUCUUCGGAUGAAUGCCAUACAGAGGCUCAAUCCCAAGUCAAUUAGUGUUCGAGGGACCAUUGACCAGCACAUCAAUGCCCGGGUAUUGCUUGCUGGCAAUCCACUGUUAUGUGACUGUGAGAUGGAGUGGCUGUACGGUUCGUCUGGGAUAUCCAUCACAACACCAGAGGCUACUGAUGUUAUAUAUCUUCAGCCUCGUGUUGAUGACCUGGCCCAGGUGACAUGUGCCUUGACCCACUCCCGCAGUGGUGUACCAGUCACCACUCGCAUCCUGGACACGUCUCCUGAGAACUACCUCUGCCCCUAUGCUACCCACUGCUUUGCCCUCUGCCACUGCUGUGAUUUCAUUGCUUGUGAUUGUCAAAUGAAGUGCCCGGAAGCAUGCUCCUGCUUUCACGAUGACACGUGGUCCAUGAAUCUAGUGGACUGUUCCGGAGGGAGCCUGGAUCGCCUCCCUGACCGCGUGCCAAUGGAUGCCACAGUAGUGCUCCUUGAUGGCAACAAUCUUCAGGUGCUCCAUGCUCACCACUUCAUCGGCAGACACAGCAUCCAGCAACUCUUUCUCAAUAAUUCUCAAAUUCAGACGCUUCAGAACCGCACUUUUCACGGACUGACCUCCUUGCGAGUGCUUCAUCUUCAGGACAACAUGAUCGUCCAGUUAAACGGCUUCGAGUUCUUCGGCCUCCAUCGGCUUAAGGAACUUUACCUUCAGAAUAAUCGCCUCUCGUUCGUUAACAAUGCAACUUUCCUGAGCCUGAGAAGCUUGGAGGUGUUGAGACUGGACAAUAACUUUAUCAUCGACUUCCCAGUCUGGCUGUUGAGUAACAACCGCUACCUGGCGAGUGUCUCUCUGGCUAACAACCCAUGGGACUGUGACUGUCAGUUCGUGGAGUCCCUGAGGGAGUGGGAGAGCCAUCAACCACAGCUCCUGAUCGACCCCGAGGAAGUGUUCUGUGUGCACAGUGACUCAGGCACUGUGGGUCCCAGUAUAGUCCUACCAGAGUAUUCCUGCACCAAGGGUCAGCAAGGGGUCACGCAAUAUCAGUUUGGCCAGCGGCAGCUGCCCUUCCUAGCUGGGGGUCUGUGCGGGGGUGUGGCCCUCAUCAGUGCCCUAGUGAUGGUGGCCAUGUUGUUGGCCCGCAGGCGGGCUGCCGCGGCCAACAAACUGUGCAUGAGCAACCCUCCGCCCUACUGCCAAGAGGAGGAUGGGAAAGUGUUCGACGCAUAUAUCAGCUACAGUGCCAAUGAUGCUACCUACGUUCGUGAUGUUAUCGCAACCAAGUUGGAGAACAGCUGUCCCAGCUACAAGCUGUGUCUUCACUCCAGAGACUUCAGCGAGAACAGCCAUCUCUCAGAGUUCAUCACUCAGUCACUCAACUUUAGCAGAAGAACCAUCAUAGUUCUGUCCAAGAACUAUGUCGACAACGAAUGGAAAAACGCCAUAUUCAAGAAAGCUCACAUUGACGGCCUGAAGGAGAACGACAUGAACAUUAUAGCAAUAUAUUACGAUAACGUCUCCUUUUCUUCUUUUGAUGCCGAUUUAAAGGCAGUGAUAAGAAAAUGUUCAAAGCUGCGAUGGGGCGACAAAAACUUUUGGAAGAAGUUAUCAGAGAUGAUGCCUCAGAGGCAGACGUACAAUGGCCUGCCAGUGUACGUCUCUGAUAACGCCUACAAGUCAUCGACGCUGCCGUCCCUCGUGCCUCCGUCAUCACUGCCACUCCCUUCCUCCUCCUCCGUCCUCACCUCCACUACGGGUCUCACAACACCCUCGGAGAUCGACCGGCGGACCUCUGCCUACCUGCCGGAGGCACCCGCGACGUACAAGGCACCACCGCCACCUCGACCCUGUUACUCUCCUCCUGUGUGUGACUACAUCGUGAUGCAGGGGCGGGAUUGUCAAGACCCGCACUGUACCUGUCGUCGCCACUCACACGCCGCUUAUACCUACGUUGAUGGCGACAGCUCUUCCCUUCACACGUACACUUCUCUGGAGCCUUUUACUAGUCCCCGCCACGGUCCCUCCCACUCUCCCUCCCCCAGCAGCAACCACUACAGCGUCAUCGACGCGCCCAUCAGGAGAACUGUCCGCUCCAGUAAGCGGAAGAAGAGGCGACCUCUGAGUCAGACAUGUCCACCCACCACCAUGGAGGAGGUAGUGGACAAGUCCGGGGUCCCACACGACCCUACAACCGAACCCACUCUCGUGGACACCUUCCGAAGGACAAAGAGCCUGCGGGUGUCACAUGCGAAAGGUGAGAGACUAAGUGAUUGUUCCACGGACCGCUCUAGCGACCGUUCUAGCGGCAGGUCGUUUGAGCAAGCGGCGCCCUCUACAGGCGGAGGCACUGGCGAAGGCCAGGAGAUCACUAGAAACUUGUAUACGGGUCUUACCGAUUCUCCGCCAGACCCAUCUCUCAACACAGAGGAGUGCUUUGUCUAGUGACUAGUCCAUCCUUGAAAGGAUAAUAUUCAUAGCAGUAACAGUGACACAUGCUCCAGGAUGUUUGUAGUUGUAACAGAAACAGUGAUAGGGGCUUCGGGAUAUUCUUGGCUGUAACAAGAAAAGUAACACAAGUUCCAGAAAGAUAUUUUGGUAGAAUGUGAUAAAUGACGGUAGUGUUGUCACUUGUAUUUCCUAUGUGCGUCAGGGGACGCCCUGCUAGUGGUUCCUGCAUCAGGAGGCCUGUUAGUGGUUCCUGCAUCAGGAGGCCUGUUAGUGGUUCCUGUGACAGGAGACCUGCUUACAAUCCCUGCAGGAGCCUUUCACUACGAGGAACAUCAGAGCCUCAGCACCUACAUGUGAGGGAGGAGUCUCGCUUACAUUAUCACAGAGUACUAACCGUCCCAUUGGUUGUAAGUCACCAGUGAUUGAACAUAGUGUAUUUCAUAACUUCAGAUUUUUUUU